AUGUCGGGAAACGAUGACGACCUGCUCGCGCGGCUGAACGCCCUGAAACCCUCCUCCGUCACGCUGCAACCCGAUGCGCACCAACCCGCAAAUCUGGGCACAGCCCAGUCCCAAUCCGUCUCAGAUCGCCUGGCGGAACGACUGAAAGGCUUACGGGCGGGUGUUGCUGCUCCUGCUGCUCCUGCUGCUGCUCCGCAUGACGUGACUUAUGGCGCUUCAGAGCACGCGGCCGAUUCUGAGGAUGCUGUUGGUCCCGACGGCCCGGAUCCCAUUCUUAACUGGCAGCGGCAUGGGGAUGACGAGGAGAAUCUCGAAGAUUUACUGGCGCAGCUUGGACCGGAGGAUCAGUGGGAGCUUGAUCCGGAUGAUUCUAAGAAUAUUGAGUCCCUGCUGGCGGAAGCUCGGACUGCUUUACCUUCCACAGAAGCAGGCAAUGCCGAUGGCGGGGGAGACUUUGCAGCGGGGCAUGGGGCCUCGACGGCACAUGCGGUAGAGCACCCGGACGAUGGCGAUAACGACGACCAUCCAGACCAAGACAAGCGAGACGAAUUAGAAGCGGACGACUAUGUGAAACGCAUCCUGGCAGAGCUCGAAUUCGAGAGCAAGUACGGUGGCGACGAGACUUCGGAGCAAACAGACCAAGAACAUGCACCCGGCCUCGAUCUGCCAUCCACGCCUUCAGCCAACCUGCAAACCCCAGAACCGCCUUCAUACGAAGACUCGGAACUGGAAGCCCGCUUUUCUCAGCUCGGCCUGAACCUCCCAUCCACUCCAAGCACAGCGCCUUCAACGCGGACAAAGGCGGUGCACAAAUCCAAUCUGAACGAUCUGAAGAACGCAAAGGGCAAAUCAAAUUUGCCCACCUUCACGGACGACGACAUUGAUUCGUGGUGCUGUAUCUGCAACGAAGACGGCGAGGUGAGAUGUCUGGGAUGUGAUGAUGACAUCUACUGUCAUGUUUGCUGGAACGAGGGCCACGGCAGUGGACCAGGGCAAGAACGAGGCCACAAGGCUGUGCAAUUCGUCAAGAAAGGUCCGGCCGCCGCAGCUGCAUGA